AUAUACAAUUUUUAACUUGACAUGCUUGGAAUUCUAUAUAAAAUGAAGCCUACCUAGGGUACAAGAAACCAGCACUAGUUAUACACACAAAGAAAGAUAUGGACUAUGAAAUUGCAGGUCUAGUUCUAGCAGUCUUGCUAUGGGUUGCAUGGGCAGUGGUGACUGAACGUCGUUACCGUCGUUCAGAGGAGCAAGGGCAGCUACCACCAGGGCCUAGACCAUUGCCAGUGGUUGGCAACAUCUUCCAGUUGGGUUGGGCACCCCACGAGUCCUUUGCUAAGUUGGCUCGUGUUCACGGUCCAAUCAUGACCAUUUGGCUCGGGUCCAUGAGUAACGUGGUCAUUUCCUCGAGCGAAGUGGCUCGUGAGAUGUUCAAGAAUCAUGAUGCGGUGUUGGCUGGGAGAAAAAUAUAUGAGGCUAUGAAAGGUGAUUUUGGCAAUGAAGGGUCUAUAAUCACAGCCCAAUAUGGACCGCAUUGGCGCAUGUUAAGGCGCUUAUGCACCACCGAAUUCUUUGUGACUAGCCGCCUUGAUUCCAUGCAGGGUGCACGAACUAGGUGCAUCGAUGGCAUGCUGCAAUACAUAGAAGAUGGUAGCGCCAACGGCACUAGCGCUAUUGACCUAGGGAGAUACAUUUUCUUGAUGGCUUUUAAUCUUAUUGGCAACCUCAUGUUUUCUAAAGAUUUAUUGGACCCAAAAUCGGAGAGGGGAGCUAAGUUUUUUCAGCAUGCAGGUAAGGUCAUGGAGCUGGCAGGUAAGCCUAACAUGGCUGAUUUUUUGCCAAUUUUAAGAUGGCUUGAUCCACAAGGUAUAAGGAGGAAGACACAGUUCCAUGUUGCAAGAGCCUUUGAGAUUGCAGGAGGGUUCAUCAAAGAAAGAACAGAGAGCAUGCAAAAGGAAAUUAAUAGCAGAGAUGACAAGAGGAAAGAUUAUCUCGAUGUCCUUUUGGAGUUUCGUGGUGAUGGCGUGGAGGAGCCCUCUAGAUUUUCUUCAACAACGAUCAAUGUUAUUGUCUUUGAAAUGUUUACGGCAGGGACUGAUACAACAACAAGCACAUUGGAAUGGGCCAUGGCUGAACUUCUACGUAACCCUAAAGUACUGAAGACAGUCCAAUCCGAGUUGAGAAGCACCAUUGGCCCCAACAAAAAGCUCGAAGAUAAAGAUAUUGAGAAUCUCCCAUACCUAAAGGCAGUCAUCAGGGAAACACUAAGGCUUCACCCCCCUCUCCCUUUUUUAGUCCCGCACAUGGCCAUGAACCCUUGCAAGAUGCUAGGUUAUUACAUCCCUAAAGAGACAACAAUUUUAGUAAAUGUGUGGGCCAUUGGAAGGGAUUCAAAGACUUGGGAUGACCCUUUGGUUUUUAAGCCAGAAAGGUUCUUGGAACCAAACAUGGUGGAUUACAAAGGUCAUCAUUUUGAGUUCAUACCAUUUGGUUCUGGCCGUAGAAUGUGCCCUGCCAUGCCUCUUGCUUCUCGUGUACUUCCUUUGGCUCUCGGAUCGCUCUUGCUUACAUUUGAUUGGAUUUUGCCAGAUGGCCUCAAGCCAGAGGACAUGGAUAUGACUGAAAAAAUGGGGAUAACACUUAGAAAAAGUGUUCCCUUGAAGGUCAUACCAACACCUUACAAGGGGUCAUCACAUCAUUAUGGGUUCUGAGUAGACAUGAGAUAUUCUAAAAUUUCUACUGGUAUAACAAUAUGUAAUUAUAAAACGGGUGCAACAAAUCAAUCUUAGUAUCUUGUUGAUUUGAGACUUGAUCCAAGUUAUAUUUCAUUUUGAAUUGAUUUUUUUU